UAGAAAAGAGAAAGAGAAGCAACAUUACGACAAUGUGAUAAUGGUUGAAGGUUGGCUGCAAGAGCAGGUCCAGUAAUUUUUACAAUGCGUUUUUGCACCUUGUCUAAAAGGGCAUCUUUGGAAGAUCCGCCACAGAUAUGGCAACAAUAUUCUAUACAAGGACUGAUUUGAGAUGUAAGAAAGUGUCAAGCACGAUAAAGAGAUAUAACCUUAGCAGAUGCUAAUUUUGCAACAGAUUUGAUUUAUGGUUUCCAAGAAAGAUCGAAAGUGAGAUUUAAUCCUAGGAUAUGAAGGGUAGAUGACUCAUCGAGUACAUUACCAUUCAUAAAUAUAGAAAGAUCUAUAUUAUUGCGAUAACGAUUAGCUAAAAUUUAGUUUUAUCUGAAUUAAAAUUCACCAGUCACUGUGAGCCCUAUGCUGUAGCAGAAGUGAGAUCCUUUUCAAGUUAAAAUACCCCCUCCAAGCAAUCAGAGAGUGUUGGCUUCUUAUCAUGACAAGAAUUAAUGUUAGUAUCAAUGAGUUUGUAAAAUGGACAGAUUUCUGGUUGACCAAGUUGAACGUUGAAAAGUGCAAAUUUAUUCAUGUAAGUAAAAGAAUCCACAAAUAAGUUAUAGUAUGAACCAUGACAGCCAAGAGUAUAAAUUAGUGUUGUCACGGUACACGGUACUUUGGUACCAAGUCAGUACUAAAAAAAUUUAAACGUCACGGUACCAAGUUUUCUUAAGUACCGGUAGUACCGAAGACCCGUUCAAACCCGAUUCCUUGAUGCGAAUGCGUGCAGUAGCGCGUCCUCUUUAUUAAACUGCUGAGAAAUGGCGACCGGUGGUGCAGCUGAUGUGGUAGCUCUAAAUCCACUUGUUGAGAAAAAAGGAGGAAAGAGCCAUGUGUGGAAAUAUUUUGGAUUUGCGGCUGAUGACAAGGGGAAUAUCAUUGAUAAUCAAAAACCCAUUUGCAAACAAUGUCGCCAAAGUUUUCACUCAAAAGAAGGAAACACAUCGAACUUAAUAAAACUCCUCAAAGACCGACACCCGGAUCUGACGAAAGAGUUCAAGCAGCUGCAAGCUGAGGAAGACCAUGGAACACCCCCGCAAACUCAUAAACAGGCAACAGUUAAAGAAGCUUUUCAGUGGCAACAAAAAUAUGACAAAAACUCACCUGAGGCAAGAAAGCUGAACCUAGCUGUUGCUGAAUUCAUAUGUAUUGAUAAAGUGCCCAUUUAUACAGUUCAAAAAUGUGGAUUCCCACAAAUGCUCCAUCGUUUCAACCCAAAAUACCAGCUUCCAAGUCGAAACUUUUUUAUGUACACUGAGAUUCCCUGCAUGUACAAUGACACCAGAGACCUCAUAAUUCAGCAUCUCAGUGACAAAUCAUUUUACAGCUGCACAACAGAUCUUUGGACAAGUAGAACUGCAGACACUUUCAUGUCUUUAACUCUGCAGUACAUUACUAAAUCAUGGGAAUUGCAAUCCUGGUGUCUUGGCUGUUGUGGUCUCAACACAGACCACACUGCUGAAAGUUUGAAGGAGGCCUUUGAUGAAAAACUUGAAGACUGGAAGUUGGACAUUGCAAGAAUGUCAGGCAUCACAACAGACAGUGCCUCAAAUAACAAAAAAGCCUUUGAGGACUACACCUGGAUUCCUUGUUUUGGGCACAAUCUCCACCUUGCUGUAAAUAAGGCAUUAGACAUAAACAGGGUGUCUGCAGUGCUGUCAAGGCUUCAAAAAACUAUUUCUGCCUUUACAAGAUCCCCAAAACUUUCACGCCAGCUGACCAAGAAACAGAAAGAUCUGACCUCUCCAGACCACAAACUCAUUCAUGAUGAACCCACUCGCUGGAAUUCUUCAUACGAUAUGGUGGAACGUUUCUUGGAGCAGCAGCAGGUUGUCUGUGCUGUCCUGGCUGAAGACAGGAAGAAAUGGCAUCUGAUGCCAAAAGACUCAGAUAUUACAGUUUUAGAAACUGUUAAAGCAGUUCUUGAGCCACUCAGUCCUUUUACUGAUGCACUUAGCGGGGAAAAACAUACCACCCUGUCUUCAGUCUUGCCGUUACUCUGGAAGAUAUUUGAGUGUCUCAGUCAUGAACAAAGUGACUCUGCAUUAGCCAAAGAGAUGAAGGAAAAGAUACACGAGUAUCUUCAGCAUCGCUAUGAUGACCUGCAGCUUCGGUUUCUUUUGAACACUGCAACCUUGAUCCACGAUUUAAGAACAGCUUUGUCUCUCUAAAGGAUGAUGUGAAGCAAAGUCUCCUGGAUAAGGUGAAAAAAAUGAGCAAUGAAAAAGAAGGAAUUGCAUCUCGGGUGUCUGGAGGAUUGUCAAGUAAAGAAGUCAGGCCAUCAAAAAAAUCCAAAAAUCACCUAAAGUUUCUGCUUUCCACCAUUGAAGGGGAAAAGAAAGAAAAAGGAGAGCCAGCAUCCUCAAGUCAAGCACCUCUUUCUGCAAGUGGCGAGAUAAAUGGUGAAUUCUUGGUGUACGAUCAGAUGCCUGAGGUCAGUGCUGAGGAUGAUCCACUUAUCUGGUGGAAAACAAAUAUGGGUACUCUACCUCAACUAUCAGAGUUCGCCAGGAAGUACCUUUGCAUUGCUGCAUCUAGCUGUUCAUCUGAAAGAGUAUUCAGUACUGCAGAGUACAUUGUUAGCCCAAGACGCUCAAGACUGAGUCAGGAACAUGUUGAUAUGUUAGUGUUUAUAUCGGAAAAUCUGAAAAUGCCAAAGAAAGUAACUUAAGGAAUAACUGUGUAGACCAGUAUUGAUUUGGGUGAAACUUGUUUGAAAAAAAUGUUGUUAUUUAUCUAGUUAUUUAAUUACUCAAAUGUUUACAAUCCUUGGCUUGAAAUACUUAAAUUAUGUCGUUGUUGUUUUGUUUUUUUACAUGUAUAAUAAUAUUUUAAUUUACGACUUGUUGUUCAGUUAUGGCAUAUUUUGUUUAAAUAUGCCAUAACUGGCAUAUUUAAAAAAUAUUAAAAAAAAAACAAAGUUUAUAAAUAAGAAUGGUUAUUCAAUCAUGGCUUAUUGUUUUGUUAUUUAUCUAGUUAUUUAAUUACUUAAAUGUUUACAAUCCUUGGCUUGAAAUACUUAAAUUAUGCCAUUGUUUUUUUACAUUUAUAAUAAUAUUUUAGUUUAUUACUUGUUGGUCAUGGCAUAUUUUGUUUAAUUUAUAAAAAUUGCGUUUUUUAGGUUUGUAAUUUUUCAUUUAUUAUUUGUGGAAAAAGUUGAAACACAAUUUUAAACAAGUAUGAAGAAUGGCAUUGUUUAACUUUAUUAAUAAAAAUAGUGUGUUUUUCAGCUAGCAUGUUUUUGUGUUUUGCUUUGAUACAAAGAAUUGUGAAUUUUUAUUGGCAAAUUUAGUCUAAAUUAAUCUUUGGUUUGGUACCGAAAUUGGUACCAAGAACCGUAGAUUUUUACUGGUAUCGGUACCGAAUACUGAAAUUUUGGUACCGUGACAACACUAGUAUAAAUUAGAUACAACAGUAUGUGAAAGAGAUUAUUUCAUCCGACUUUAAAUAUCAUGAUCAAGUGUCUUUAGUGAUUGAUGUCUAAUUAAAUGUACAUUUACAAACUUUGAGGUGGAAAUGUUGAAAUCACUGUAUACAGCAUUUGUGAGAUUGCUUCUUGAGUUCACUAUACCAGCUUGGAAGCCAUAUUUACAACAGGAUAUUGAUGAUUUAGAGAAAGUGCAAAGAAGAGCAACAAAGUUAGUUCCACAAAAAAAAGAUUUCAUAUAUGAAAAAAGGCUGAAAGCAAUUGGUUUAACAACAUUUAAGAAAAUCCUUGACUCGUUCAGGCUCAGCUUUUUUGGUUAGGGGUAACAAAUACAGGUUAGAAAGAGAAUAAACACCAUCAUGUUUACUUAGAUAUCAUUUUUUCACCAAUCAAGUAAUUGGAAUUGGAAUAAUUGGAAUUUGUUAUAAAUAAAAUCAUAGAAGCAAGAUCGUUGAAUGUUUUCAGGGCACAAAUAGAUAAAUAUUUUUAAUAACUAGUCUUUUAAAUUGCAUAGGUUGUAUAUAUCACAAUGCUUGCAUCAUAUUCUAAAAUCUAUUUUAUUUUUAAAUACUUUAUUAUAUUUUUUAAAAAUUGUAAUUGUUACAGCAAUAAAUAUUACUAUUACUAUUGUCGUGAUGAUUUAAAAAAAUUAUUUUGGCAUUAGGUGACAUCAUUCUCUAACAUAAACUUGUUAAUCUCUGCCAUUGUUUUUUUUGUUUUCGUUGUUAAACUCAAUCUUAACUUAAUAUUGUAUAUUUGAGUAUCAAGUUUUAUUCUUUUUUUUUUUCCUUGCACUUUAACUCUCUCCUGUCUUCAUAUUUUUCUGACUCAUACAACCUACAAGAUUUCAAGUCUUCUGUCAACCGUUUCCUUACUCUUUAACUCUAUUCUUUGUGUUCUAGUAACUCAACUUAAUAGUGGUUGCUCAUUUUGGGAGUGGAUUAAAAUAAAAAAUCAAAUUUUGAUUAGAAUCAAAAUCAAAAGAUUAUUUCAUUUUAUUAUUAAGUUGCAUCAUGAAUUUUUGUCAUGCAUCGCAAGUUUUUUUCAUUUCCUGUAAAGUCUUAUUCUUAAAAACUCCGAUAAGUUCUUUAUUCUAAAAACAAAUAAUAUUUUAGACUUUUUUUCCUUGCUAAAGCAGUUGUAAUUGUUGUCGCGGAGUUAAAUUUAACUUGUAUCAUAUUUUUAUUGGCUUUUGGUUGUUUUUCUUUACUUUAAUCUUUUUUUUUUUUAACUUGCUCUAUGGACUGUAAAAUUGCAAGAAAUUGUUUCCUUUUUAUAACUUCAUCACCUUAAAAAAACCAUGAAAUUAAAAUGAUCAAUUUGACUUUUUAUAAUGGUCACACAUUUUAUGUUUUUUUCUUUAAAAAUUUUUUUUUUUUUUUUUUUUUGCCUGAUACCAUUUGGCUGUAUAAAUUUUAUACAUUAAGAGUAUUACUGUACAUUAAGUGUAAUGUAUAAAUUCUGUACAUUAGGAGAAUUUUUUUUUCCCUAUCUAAGGUAUUGAGCAGCUGAUCAGCUAUUUUUUUAUAUUUUUUUUCAGUAAGCAUAUGUCAAAGUUUUUUUGUUUUUUUAUUUAGUAAUUAAUUUACCAAAAAUUAAUUCAAUGUUGUGAUGCAACUUGUUGCGCAAGAACUAUUUAAAAUUACACAAGAACUAUUCAAAAAAAACAACUAACAACUCAAAUAAUUGUUAAAUAAUUUUUAAAAAAUUUUAAAAAAAUCAAAUAACUUUUAAAUGAUAAUAAUUAACUG